GGUGACGCAGUUGGCGAAGUGGAAGCCCCGCCGUCAAUCAAAUUAGGAAAAAAACAAACUGGACUAAAGCGAGCGCAGGCACCGAUUAAAAUAAUCAUGCUCGGAGUGUAAUUAAACGCAGACAUCAGUCUUCUUUACAGAACUCACGUAAUGACCGCGCCUGAAGGGCCAGUGAAAGCGGGAGUCAUGGCGGACAGCAGCAGCGCUCAGGACGGCGGCGGCGCGGAUCAGGACGGACAGCCCUCGCCGCUCGCCCUGCUCGCCGCCACUUGCACCGGCCUCGGUUCGCCCGCCCCCGGAGCAGAGAACGGGGCAAACUCGAAUAAUGCUGCUGGGGUGAACGCAGACCUCUCAGUGCAGUUAACAGGGUCGUCUGAAAGGUGGGAGGCGGUAAAGGACGACUCGGGCGUCCUGCAUCUCCCGGGCACGGGUAUCGUCACGUCCAACGGACAGUAUGUUCUUCCUCUCCAGAGCCUCCAGGGUCUCCAGAGCCAGCCCAUCUUACUCACGUCAGGGACCGACACGUCUGCCGGCGCAGUGCCUAACAUCCAAUACCAAGUCAUCCCUCAGGUGCAGACGGCCGACGGGCAGCUGGGAUUCUCUGCCUCUGCCGUCGAGGGGGGCUCGAUGGCGCAGGACGCCGCAGGGCAGAUCCAGAUCCUCCCAGACGGCACCCAGACUAUCAGCGUCACGGGGACGACGGCAGCCGACGUUAUCCGCAACAGUCAGCACCUCAUGACCCAGUCUGGCCAAGUGCACCAGAUGUCUCUGGGAAGCUCCGCCUUCAGCAGUCAGGGUCAGGUGGUCACUAACGUGCCUCUGGGUUUGCCUGGUAACAUUACCUUUGUGCCCAUAAACAGCGUGGAUCUGGACUCUCUCGGGCUCUCGGGGGCCCAGCCAAUAGCGACCGGCGUCACGGCUGACGGACAGCUGAUCAUGACCAAUCAGAGCGUGGAGAACUCUGAAGGCUCGGAGAAAGCAGGGGAACAGCAGCAGACGCUCAACUCAAAUGCAGACAUGUUUGUGCCUACCACAUCUUCAGCAUCCUCCUCGUCCUCACAGCAGCAGGCCAGCACGAUAGACGGCACGGGAGUGUUGACGCAGCCUGUGGCGGGAGAGCAGGGAGACGGAUCGGGCUACCUCAGUCAGGGCACGGUGCAGGUGUCGGGAGGGCAGCAGGUCAUCCAGUUACAGCAGCUGCCCUUGCAGACCGGUGAUGGUCAGGUGUCUGCACAGGCCCAGCAGUCUCUGCAGAACAUCCAGCUCAUCAACCCAGGAACAUUCCUCAUCCAGGCCCAAACCGUCACACCGUCAGGACAGAUACAGUGGCAGACCUUCCAGGUGCAAGGAGUACAGAAUCUCCAGAACCUUCAGCUCCAGACAGCUCCAACUCAGCAGAUCACUCUUGCCCCGGUGCAAACACUGUCUCUGGGUCAGGGCGGUACACCAGUCAGCCUGACCUCAGGACAGAUGCCUAACCUGCAGUCGGUGACGGUUAACACUGUGGGCCAGGCAGGCAUUCAGUUCCAGCAGUCCGAGGACACAGACAGCACUGGAGAUAUUCAGAUUAAGGAGGAGCCUGAUUCGGAGGAGUGGCCUCUGGACAGUAGCUCUACGCUGAAUGCCAAUGACCUCUCUCACCUUCGUGUUCGUUUAGUGGAGGAGGAGAUGGAGGGAUUGAGCCAGGAGGGCAAACGUCUGCGCAGGGUCGCAUGCACCUGCCCCAACUGCAAAGAGGGAGGUGGGAGGGGAUCUAACAUGGGCAAGAAGAAACAGCAUGUGUGCCAUAUAGCUGGCUGCGGGAAGGUAUACGGGAAGACGUCUCACUUGCGAGCUCACCUGCGCUGGCACUCGGGAGAGAGACCCUUUGUCUGCACCUGGAUGUUUUGUGGGAAGAGGUUCACGCGCAGUGAUGAAUUACAGCGACACAGGAGAACACACACUGGAGAGAAGAAGUUUGUGUGUUCAGAGUGUUCGAAGAGAUUCAUGCGCAGCGAUCACCUGGCCAAGCACAUAAAGACGCAUCAGAACAAGAAGGGAGGCGGCGGAGCCGUGGUGGCCAGCGUGGGUGGGGCCAUGUCCUCGGACAGCAUCAUCACGGCGGGCGGGACCACACUCAUCCUCACCAACAUCCAGCCCGGCACCAUGCAGGGCCUCGCCACCGUCAACGCGACCGUCAACACCUCUAGCUCACAGGACCAGCUGACCACAGCCGAGAUCCCUCUGCAGUUAGUCUCCGUGUCCGCCGGGGACGUGGCCGAGUGACCAUGUGACGGCUGCGGAGACGACCCGUGAAGAGUCUUACAGGAGGAACGUUCUGCCGAGGUUCCGCCUCUUCCUGUACGACGUCACGCCCUCUUCUCCCGCAACCUCAGACUUCAUUUUGACUACAUCGAUUCCACGCUCGCGCAUAUACCUUGCUUUUAUACCUUUACAUAUUUACCCUCCUUUACGUAAAUAUGUACAUUUACGUGAAUGCAUAUAUACACACACACAUAUAUAUAUAUUUUACAAAUAUAGAAUUAUUGGGGGAUUUGUUCAUCUUUUUAUGGGGGAAGCAUUAUUUCUUGUUUUCACAUACAACACUGAAAUGCCUUAUAUUGUAUUAUAAGCUGUCGUGUACAAAGGCUGAGUUGUUCAUGGGUGUCAAG